UCGAAUCAAGUUUUCUUACGACACAUUUUACAGAACUUCCUCUGCUGCUAUUUUGGUUUGAAGCCGUGAAGAAGUGACUUCUCUCAGUUUGCGGUGACUCCGAGGAUGAAGCAGCAGAAUCAGCUGAUCUUUCUUGUUCUGUCAGUGAUCUUCACAGGGUCGUUCUGCGAUGGUUGGAAGAUGGCCGUCUCUCCGGAGGUCAGCGCCUCCAGAGGAGAAGACGCUGUCCUCAGCUGCUCCCUCACCAGCUCCAGAGGACAGCAGAGUUCAGGACAGAUCCACGUCAGGUGGCUAACUGCUGACUCGUCACCUUUCCUCAGCUGCUCAGUUAGAAACGACUCAGCGACUCAGGGACGCGGCGAAUGUUCGUUUCCUGAGCUCAAACAUUCGCUGACUGGAGAUCCGAGGCGGGGGGAGCUGUCUCUCCUCAUCAGGGAGGUCCAGCUGACGGAUAGCGGUCAGUACUUCUGCUCAGUGGAGCUGGAGGGCUGGCGGAGUCUGAGAGAGAAGACCCAGCUUCUUGUUACAGCUGAACCUCAGAUCCUGAGUCUGGUUGUGGUGGAGCCCCCCCCGGCCUCAGGCAGCGCCCCCCGGAGGCUGCAGUGUGAGGUGGAGGGCCACCCGCUGCCCAAGCUGGUUUGGCUGUCGGCCUCCAGGCUCAAGUUAGAGGACCAGGGGCGGACCACUGAGGCGGGGCCGUACCGACGGAUCGGCCAGGUGCCCUACCUGGAGGGGGAGGAGCUGACCUGCAGGGCGGAGAGCAGCCUGGGGGGGGCUCAGAGGUCGUAUCCACCCAGUCAGACCCUGAUGAUAACAGCGGUGGUGUGUGGCCUCAUGGGGGCGCUGCUGCUGCUGCUGCUGCUCACAGUGGGAAUCGUUCACUGUCGCAGGAACAGAGCUCCACUCGACUCUUCUACUGUUUACGAGAACGCUGAUGCAGUGAAGAGGUUUGGUGUGCGAGCGUCCGAGCCUCCAGCCGACGGAGACUCUGAGAUCCAGCUGCUGUACUCGGUCAUGGGCAGUCCAACUGUUCAUCAGCUGUCGAGCUCCGGCUGUCCCCCUGAGCCAGUCAUCCUGUAUUCUCCUGUCAAUGUUCAGAGGAGCAACAGAGAAUUUCCUGAUUGACUCAUGAAACGGAAAUGAUGUGAUGCUUGUUUUCUAAAACUCUGCUCAUAAUUUGGUUUAAAGCCUCCGACUCCACAGAGACUCAACCCAGCUACCUCCUCUCGUACCCCCCCCCCUCCUCCAAAGAUGGUUACUUCCGGUUUAAAAAAAAAAAGAUAGCGCUGAACAAAAAGUCAUGGGUUGA